AUGCGGGGCCAGGGGGGUCACCUGACUGCAGCCGGGGCCUCUGGGAACAGGAAGUAUGACAUCACUGCACUGACACUCGGGAAUGUGGGAAUGCUGCUGCUGCCGUUACCGCGGAUACAGGAAAACCAGACAGAGGCCAGAGCGGUGGACACAGCAAAUACCUCAGAGAAAGAGAGGAGGGGGACUCUGCACCCAGCCUCACGUUUCUGCACGUGGGCUCCUGAUGUAACAGGCCCCGAGACGCAGACCGAAAGCAGAACCUCAUCACAUCCCGACACAAGGCCACGGCACAAGUGA